AUGAUCCGAUCGUUUUACGUGAAUAAGUAUAAGAUUAAGGAAGGGAUUGCGUUGCAGAUAGAUCUUUCAUUUCGGAAAAUGACGAAGGAAGAUUUUUUCGUGAGAAUACAAACCAAAAUCGAUCUGCGAGAAGUGACGGAUCUCAAUCUGAGAGGAAACGAAUUUGACAGUUUUCUGGAUUGCUCUACCAAUCUUGAGGCACUGAGAACCCUGGACUUGUCUCAGAAUCACCUUCAGCGAUUCUUCUUCCUGUGCAAGGAAGAAUACAAUUUGCAAUUGUUAAACGUGAGUCACAAUAACCUCAAGUACAUCAACGAUAGAACUCUCAACGACCGAAUAUCGAAACUCAAGAUACUAGAUCUUUCUUUCAACAAGCUCACAGUCGUCAACGAGACCAUGCUGCAACAUCUAACGAUUCUCGAGUACUUGUCUCUGUCCCAUAAUCCCAUAGGGGAUGGAAUUCACGAGAGCGCUUUUUGGACUUUAACAGCAUUAAAACAUCUGGACCUGAGAAACAUAUCCGCGUCAUACUUCUCGUCGGAUUUCUUCAAAACCUUGACGAACCUGUCAACUUUGGACCUAUCCUGGAAUCCGAUCAGCGCGAUACCUUUGUUACCGAUCAAUUUACAAGAGCUGGAUUUAUCCGGCACGCAAGUGACAGAUUUUAGAAACUUGUAUCUACCGCAGCUACGAGAAUUGCGGCUGAACAACAUGACGAACUUGACAUCGCUGGCGCUGAACGAUCUCGACCUGACCAGCCUGGAGACGUUAUCGUUGACCGGUUCCAAACGGCUGGACCGGCUUAGUCGCAGUCCUUGGUCGCCGCUCAACAUCGUGCUACCACGAUUGCAGCGACUUCUAAUAAAAGACUGCGACCUCAAGACCUUAGGUGUCGAGCUGAGCUUUCUGAUACAACGAACGCCCGUUCUUGAAUUGGAGAACAAUCCUUGGGAAUGCGACUGCAACUUGAAAUGGAUCGGUCUGUUGAAUUCGUCCAGAAAUCUCAAUCGAGAUAUCAGAUGCCACGCACCAGAUCGACAUCGUGCCAAACUCCUGGCUGAAAUUCCGGACUACGAGCUACAAUGCGACUACGAGUACAACAAAUCCGUCAUCUAUCCGAUCCUGUGGACCGGCCUCUCGAUAUUGAUCGUUGCCAUGAUCGUCGCUGCGGUCUUGGUCUUCCUCAGACGGCCAAUAAGCCAGUGGAGCUUCAAGGGAAGAAACGGGGAUACCGUCACGUACAAAAACGUCGUCGAGUCGAACAAUGAUCUGGUCCGAAUACUAGCGGUGUCCGAGACGCACGAACGCAACGAAGAAUGA